CUUGUGAUAAAAGAAAAAUAUAUUUCCCAACUUCAAACUGCCUAGCAGAUAAUUUGGAUACAAAUAGGCAGUGCCUAAAUAUGGUCUACUUUAGUCCGCGUGGCAUGCAACCGUGUAGUCCAGCGGGUGUUAUUGCAAUGAUGCCGCCAUCGAAGAGUCCCAUUAUGGAAACCGCAUCGAGCGAUCAAUCCAGCACAAUGAAUAACAACGAGACAAAUGCUAAACGUGCCUGUCCACUUAAAUUUUCCAUUGCCAAAAUAAUGGAACCGGACAAUAAGCCCACCGCAGCGACAACAGUAACAACAAUUCUGCCACCAGCCCCAACCGUACUCGAGGAAGAGGAGGAAGAUGCCGAUAUUGAUGCCGAUUCUGAGCGCUCUUGCAGUCCCAUUGAAGUGACCAAUGUGGAGCAUUCACCCACCUCGGUUAACUAUGAUUCGGCCUUUAAGAAAUAUGUGCCAGGAUCAUCAUCCACAUCAGCAGCGUUAUCGGCUGCAGCGGCGGCUUCAUCGGCGGUUUCAUCAUCGACUUCGGCUUCGGCUGUCCAGCAAUUUGUCAGCUCCAGGCAUCAGGAGUUGCUUUCGCAAUAUCCUUUGCUCUAUUAUGCACCAAAUCAACUGAUGUGUGCCGCUGCGGCUGCCCAAUAUGCCGCUCUGACGGCUCAGCAACAAACUUUGGCCAGUGCCGCACAUUUGAGUAGUUUCACUGCCUCCCUGAAUGCCAGUUUGCAUCAUUCGCAGACACUUCGUCGCAAUCUGGGACAUCCUUUGGCAGCAGCAGCUGCUGCAGCGGCAGUCGCUCAAUCCCAACAGCAAGCUCCGGUUAUGCAGCAAAGCCUUGAGAAGUCACCAGUCAGUCAACGAACACCACAACACUCUAGUUCACAACAGCAUCCGAGUCUGAAGAGGAAGCGAUCGCCGCAAGAGCAAGGAGAAGUAACCCCACCGCCACCUUCAGCGCCAUCGACAUCCGUUCCCCGUUCACGUUCACCUUCCCCUCAUGGAUCCAUUGAGGACAGCAGUCCAGGUUCGGCGAAUGGUGGCAAGCCCAAGACCUUCUCGUGCCUGGAAUGCGGUAAGGUGUUCAAUGCCCAUUACAAUCUAACACGUCACAUGCCCGUCCACACUGGAGCUCGUCCGUUUGUUUGCAAAGUCUGCGGCAAGGGCUUUCGGCAGGCCUCCACCCUGUGUCGCCAUAAGAUUAUACACACCUCGGAGAAACCGCAUAAAUGUCAGACCUGUGGCAAGGCUUUCAAUCGCUCCUCCACCCUGAAUACCCAUGCUCGCAUCCAUGCUGGUUACAAGCCAUUCGUUUGCGAGUACUGCGGCAAGGGAUUCCAUCAGAAGGGCAACUACAAGAAUCACAAACUGACGCACAGUGGCGAAAAGGCCUACAAAUGUAGCAUCUGCAACAAGGCCUUCCAUCAAAUCUACAAUCUAACCUUCCACAUGCACACACACAAUGACAAGAAACCCUACACCUGCCGGGUGUGUGCCAAGGGAUUCUGUCGCAACUUUGAUCUGAAGAAGCACAUGAGGAAAUUGCAUGAACUGGGCGGUGAUAGUCUGGACGAUGAUCUGCCGCCGGCCUAUGAGCGCAGGCGGGAGUAUACACGUCGCGAACCCCUCUCCAGCUUUAGUCAGGCCAGUCAGUUGACGCCGGAUUCGUCGUCGGGAAGUCUAUCGCCACCGAUUAAUGUAACGACGCCACCCUUGUCCAGUGGUGAGACUAGCAAUCCUGCCUGGCCACGUAGUCAUCAGUAUCAGACGCCGGGUUUUCAUCAUGUGCCAGUGCCAGUACCAGCAGGAUUACACGGUGAAUAUCCGGGUGGUUCAGCAUCGGCCUCGGCCUUUCUGCAGCUAACACAUCCCGCUCAGCCACCCCAGCAACAGGCACCUAACCACCAGCAACAACAGCAACGUUUAUCGGCGGCUGCUUUGGAGAAUGUUCCAUUUAUAGCAAAAGUAUUUUGACAGCGAUACUAUGCGGAUAAUUUAAGCAGCUCGAACGCAGCAGCAGGAGCCACUACAACAAUGCCAACAACAGCAACAACACCAGCAGCAGCAACAACAAUGCCAACGAUCACUGCAAAAAGUGAUUUACUUAUCGACUGACUGCAAUUUGUGGCAGCGGCAGCCGCUGCAACCCAUCAAACGCAAUCCCAGGAUAAUGAAUCACCAUCGUCCAGUGGACGAGGAGUCUCUGAUUCUCCAGAGUUGAACUGUACGGCUCUCAGCAGUGCUGUGAGGGCACUUAACGGUCUCUUCUAGACGAACUCCCCAAACGCUCCCCACUCCCCCACACCACUCAACACGCCAAACAAAUGGUUUCAAAUUGUGCAAUACCCCACCACCAAUAACCUCCCGCAAAUGCCAGGUCCCCCCCGCCCCAAACUAUGAACCAAUUUUAAGUCCUUGAUCUUGAUCUUGAAAAUUAGUCUAUAGUUUUAUCUAAGCAAUAGGUUAAUGUGUGUUGUGUGAUUCUAACAAUCGAAUUUAGAGCAAGAAUUGUAUAUACUACUUAUAUAUAUACAUAUAUAUAUAUGCAUUGUUCCGUAUAUACUUAUAAAUGUUGGAUUUCUUUAGAUAUACUAGCCAUAUAGGAAUUAAAACUAUAUAUUAACUAGUUAGAUCUAAAUGUGCUAGCCCCAAAAAAAAAAACAUAAAAUAUGCACUGAGAUCUAUGUAGACAAUACUACAAAGAUCCUUCGAGUGCACUACAAAUAUAAAUAUACAUAUACACGAA